UCUGUCGACAACGAGACCAUACAUACGACAUACGAGACGCCACCGAAUUCCCGAAUCGACCACAUUCACCGUCGCCCAAUAUGGCCGCCGCUCCUCAUCUAGAGACCGAUCCCAAAUACGACGACUACGACUUUCCCACCACCGCUCCCACUCCGCAGUCUGGACACCCGGGCCACACCACGAAAGAGCAAGAUGCCGCCGUGUUCCAGCUCCGUAGUACUCUCGAGCAGGAGGGCUACUCCAAGCGCUUGGACACCUUGACAUUGCUUCGCUACCUCCGAGCACGGAAGUUUGAUGUGAACCUCUCGAAGCAGAUGUGGAUCGACAGCGAGAAGUGGCGCUCGGAAUUCGGAGGCGGUGUGGACGAGCUGGUCAAGACAUUUGACUACCAAGAGAAGCCCCAGGUCUUUGCCUACUACCCACAAUACUACCACAAGACCGACAAGGACGGACGACCUGUGUACAUCGAACAACUCGGCAAAGUCGACCUCGAGAAGCUCCGAACCAUCACCACCGACGACCGCAUGCUGCAGAACCUCGUUGUCGAAUACGAGAAGCUCGCCGACCCUCGUCUCCCCGCCUGCUCUCGGAAGUCCGGACAGCUCUUGGAGACUUGCUGCUCCAUCUUUGACUUGAAAGGUGUCGGUUUGAGCAAGGCCUCGCAGGUUUACGGGUACGUCCAGCGCGCCUCGGCUAUCAGCCAAAACCACUACCCGGAGCGCUUGGGCAAGUUCUACAUCAUCAACGCGCCAUGGGGUUUCAGCGGUGUGUUCAGCAUGGUCAAGCGCUUCCUCGACCCAGUCACCGUGGCCAAGAUCCACGUUCUUGGAAGUGGAUUCCAGAAAGAGUUGCUUGGGCAGGUGCCCAAGGAGAACCUCCCCAGCGAGUUUGGCGGAGACUGCAAGUGCCCCGGCGGAUGCAUGCUGAGCGAUAUGGGUCCUUGGCAAGACAAGGAAUGGGCGCGACCAGCCAAGUGGGAGAAGGAGAAGGCUGCCGCCAGUGGUAACGCCAUUCCAGCUACUGAGCCUGCUGUUGGCGAAGGCCUGCCCGCCGGAUCUGCUGGUCAACCCGCUGCCGCUCCUCAAGGCGUCGUUGCCGGACAGCCAGCACCUGCACCGCAGUAG